CAAAAGAACAAGAGGAAUGUAAGGUCUAAGAAGAGCAAGAACUUUGUCUCUAGCAACAGCAAUGAUGAAGAGACUAAUGCAGGCUUUAAUGGGCCAGCCUCAAGCAGCUACUGCUCGGAGGAUGACUCGAAUGCAUCCCAUGAACAGAAUGGAGGAGCUAGUUCAAGUUUGAGCUCCAAAGGGACUUCAAUCCUCAACUCAAAUGGCAGAACAAGAGCCAGUAGAGGGGCAGCAACUGAUCCCCAGAGCCUCUAUGCAAGGAAAAGAAGAGAGAGAAUAAAUGAGAGGCUGAGAAUUCUACAGAACCUGGUGCCUAAUGGAACAAAGGUUGAUAUUAGUACAAUGCUAGAAGAAGCAGUUCAUUAUGUGAAGUUCUUGCAGCUUCAAAUUAAGCUGCUAAGCUCUGAUGAUCUGUGGAUGUAUGCCCCCAUUGCUUAUAAUGGAAUGGACAUUGGCUUGACUUGA